AUGGACCUUCUUGCCUGUAUUUUGAUUUCAAUGGUUUUAAUGGUCACCGAUGGCUUCACUGUUCACGGUCCCUCUGCUCCUUUGUCUGCUCCUCUGGGAUCUUCAGUGGUUUUGCCCUGUUUUGUUGAUGAAGCUUUACCAGUGGAGGAUCUGGAGGUGGAAUGGAGAAGAGCAGACUCAGAGACUCUGGUUCAUCUGUAUCAAGAUGGAGAGAGUCGACCAGAGGUCCAGCAGCAGGAUUAUCAUGAUAGAGCUCAUUUCUUUACUGAGGAGAUUCAACAUGGAAACUUCUCCCUCCGUCUGGACAAUCUGACAGCUCAAGAUGAAGGAGAAUACAGGUGUACAGUUCACAGUCAGCAGGAUUCUGGAGAAGCUGUGGCUCAGAUAAAAGAUGUUGGCUUCGUUGUUCAUGGUCCCUCUGCUCCUCUGUCUGCUCCUCUGGGAUCUUCAGUGGUUUUGCCCUGUUAUAUUGAUAAUAAGUUGCUGAUGGAGGAUCUGGAGGUGGAAUGGAGAAGAGCAGACUCAGAGACUCUGAUUCAUCUGUAUCAAGAUGGAGAGAGUCGAGCAGAGGUCCAGCAGCAGGAUUAUCAUGAUAGAGCUCAUUUCUUUACUGAGGAGAUUCAACAUGGAAACUUCUCCCUCCGUCUGGACAAUCUGACAGUUCAAGAUGAAGGAGAAUACAGGUGUAGAGUUUUCAUUCAGCUGAAUAAAGGAGAAACUGUGGUCCAGAUAAAAGAUGUUGAGCGUUUGUUAGUAUCAGGAUCAAAUCGUCCUGCUUCUGCAUAUGUUGGUGAGGACGUGACUCUGAACUGCUCUGUAGACUCUCACAUCACUCCUGAACACAUUGAAGAGGUUUCAUGGUUGAAAACAGAUGAAGAUGGAGAUUCUCUGGUUCUGCUGUAUCAGAACAAUGAGACUUUACCAGAUUCAUCAGUUGAACAGUUCAGAGGCAGAGUUGAGUUCUUCACUGCUGAAAUCUCCAAAGGAAACUUCUCUCUCAGACUGAAAAGUGUCAGAACUGAGGAUAAAGGAGUUUACAGGUGUCAAGUGUUUGCUGGAGAUUUAUCAGCUAAUGCAACUGUAGAGCUGGAGAGACUGGGUUUCUCUUCUUUGCACAUAGUUGUGCUGGUUUUCUGUGUUGCUGCUGGAUCUGGAGCUGUACUUCUGCUCUGCUGUCUGAUCUACUGCAGAUAUAAAAACACUGUUACCAGCAGCCUAAUCUGGAAUUUUCAGAUUUCUCUGGUCCUUUUUCCAAAUAUCUGUAUGUGCUUUGCAUUCAUCUUUUGGGGCUUUAUUGAAGGAUUUCUGGAUGAGACGAUCAUUUGCAGUGCGAUUUAUAUUCUGAGGCCUGCAAUUUUGAUCUGGGCUUUGCCCUUCUUGAAGUAUCUUAAAGGAGCAUAG